AUGCAACCCGCGUCACCACGCGAUUUGCUUCCCACCCCCCUGGCCCCGACAGUAUUUCUGUCCGCUCCGCCAUCAGGAGAUUCGAGCUCCAGCUCAUCUGCUGGUUCUCCCUCCCAGAAUCAAUCGCCGCGGAGUAUCACCCUCGAACCCCCGCAGCUCCCGUUCAUUCCGAAUACUCGCCGCCUAGGCGAUUCUCUCGCCUCCUCCCCGGAGAAUCGAAAGGCAGAAAGCAGUAUCUAUUACACCACUGCUUGGGGGUCUCCGUAUGCAGCACCUAGCACUCGGAGAUUAUCGUUGACCCUUAGUCAAUACGCCGGCCUCGACCAAGGAUCUGGUGCUAGCUCCCCCGCCCAGUCCAUAACCAACCAAACCGAGCUCCGGAGAGCGAGCGUUGCCGUCAAUUCGGAGGAUCUUCUUGGAAAUCGCGAAGAAAUCCGCGAAGGCAAGUCGAUUCGAGACUUCACAGAGGAUUGGAUCAAUCAGUAUCUAUCCGAGGACGACAAUCGAGAGAGAGACCUUUUGAAGACUCCCACGCUUUCCGAUUUUGUUGGUAAAAGGACAGCUGCCCGUUCAAAAGGAAAGCAAACCAUUCACAAGCGCGCGGACACAUUGCGCCAGGAGGAUUUUUGGGGAUUCGCAUACGAUAAAGAACCGCCCAAGAGCAUCAUGUCAGAUCCAAAAGACUCGCAGCCUCCUGCUGAGGCGAUUUCACCCGUGGAGAAGCCGUUGCCGCCUCCGCCGAUGAAUGCAGAUGAUGAGUUUGUACAGGAAGAUGAAGUACCCGGGUCAACAAUUGUAGAUACAUUGAAGAGGCAGGCCUCGGAGAUCAACAGAGUAUCGACUUCGACCCCUCAGAGACGGAGAAAGAAGUUGGCGUGGAAGGGCAAGGCGUGUGUAAUUGACCUGCCUUUUGAUGAUAAGCGAGGCACAGAGCAAGCAGAGUACCCUCUUAUGAAACCGGCAGAUGUGCAAGCCCGGAUGCAAAAAUGGGAAGAAGAAGGCUAUGACACGCGAGGAUUCACUGUUGGUGAAUUGGAUGAUUCAGCGGGUCCGACUGAGCUUGGAGGUUUGACUCGUCCCCUGUAUCCAGAUCCAGCAGAGACAUACGACGAGGGUAAGAGUCAAAGAGCAUUUAUCAAUUUCCCGGAUAGGGCUGUUUGGGAUGCGUAUGUAGCUCACUUGCAAGAGGAGAAGUUGCGAGCUCUUGGCGUCUCUUUUGGGGACGACGAGCCAGGCCCCUCCAUUUCUCCUGAGUCUGGAUCCAUCAAUCCUUCCCAAAUACCUUUCCCUGGCCUCGUUGCAUCACCACCCAUCCCAACAGGCUCCGCUGUCAGCAAUCCACUUGGCUCGAUUCACCCUUUCUCUCCACAUUUCGGACAAUCGACGGGCGUUGCAAGUGGUGGAAUCGGAUCACUGGCGUCGCCUGCGUCACAGUUCAGUGUUCAGACUCCCUACUUGGGCAUGAAUGGAAUGGAACAAAACUACGUUCCUGGUUUCCCAUUCCAAUACCAACCCACACCACCUGCACAGGGCUCUAUGACCCCCCAAAGUCUGAUUAAUCUUCGUCCAGCAAACGUUUCUACUGGUCCGACUGGGCUUCACAACUUCAGCUCAAUGCUAUCACCCGUCUCUCCCAUGCAUGACCAGGGCGUCUUCCACCCGGGAUUCAACAAUGAGAAGGACGUCUUUGAUGACCGAUUUGGUGCUAUGAAUCACGAAGAUGGUCCUCCUUACCCCACUCCUCAGACUCCUGUGAAUGAUCCCAGUCACUUCCAUGCAUCCAACGUUGAAAUUGCUCACCCUACCCCUCGUGGUCAUGGUCACAAUCUGAGUGAGACAAUCGAGAGAGGUCUGGACAACAUGGCCCAUCCUGAAUACCACUUGAAUCACCCUGACCAUCACAUCGAAGAGGCUGAACAUGACGCGGGUCAUCUCAAUGCGAACCAUGCAAGCCUUCUCAACUCUCAGUGGGCCUUGGGAGAAAACGGCAGCCAUCACCAGGUCAACUCUCACGUGCAACAGUCCCAUCCUUUCUCUCAGCAUCACUCCUUCUAUCCCGAGCAUUAUGCUCAUGAAGGCGCCCACGAUGGUUCUGAUUUUGAUACCAACCCUAGCAUUACUGGAACACCGCAGACUCGAGGCGCGGUUCCUAACCAAGGAUCCUGGCACGAGGCUAAGCCUAGCACUGGCUCUUUCCGUGGUCAUCAAUCUAAGCUGUCUACUUCAUCCUUCAAUGUUGAGGCAAAAGAGUUCGAUCCUACAGCCUCCUUUGGAUCGCCAGCUGCGCCAUUUGUCAAAAAUGCAUUCCAAUUCGGAGGAAUGAACCAACCUGGAUUCGGCUUCACGCCAGGGCCGUCUUUUGGCUCUGGAGCUACGAAUGGCCCUGUGCACCAUAACGCCAACCAAGAAUCUAAGUCUAGCUUCAAGUUCUCGGCUGCUUCGUUCAAUGUGGAGGCCCCUGUCUUCAACCCAUCUGCUAGUCUCAACUCCAAUGUUAGCUCCCAGCCAUCUGAGAGUCGGACAAAGAUCUUUGGUGAUAUUGAUAUUACUGAGAUCUCUAAGCCAGCUAAGAAGAACAAGGCUAUUCCUAUUGUCCGACCGGACGAGAAUGAAAUUCAAGAGGAAGAUAACGAGAACCAAUUCGAUGAAGGGGAUGGACGUCCAGUACCUACGGAUCGUCACAAGCGUGCUCGCAAGGGUGUUGGUCAUUCAGAUGGCGAGGCCCGCUACAGUAUCUCGACCCAUCCAUUGGGUGAGUCUGGCAAUGCGCAAGCAUCGAACAAUCUCCCAAGUUCGGCUGAGGGCAAGGAGAAUGCUUUCCCCGGUGAAAAUGCCGAUAGCAAGCGCGUUGAGCGUCACGGUACCCCUCACAGCGAGGCUGAUACUUGGACUUUGUUCGAUGUGCAACGCGAGGGUGGUGGUCUUGCUCGUUCGAAUACUGCUUCGCCUGCCCACCAUCAGCAAGAACCGAUCGAGGAGUCAAACCUAGAGAAUUCUGUCCAAGACGAGGAACGCCCCACAGGUCAUUCUUCUCAAGAAUCCAAGGAUAAGAACGCAAUGCUCUCGGCCACGGCCAAGCCAUUUGAGUUCAAGCCUGCUGUGUCCUCGUUCACACCGGCAACAGUUGACCCAUCAAGUUUCGCCGAGAAACAGCCAGAGGCUAAGCCUGUUGAGAAGCAGCAAGCCGGCCUUAUGGCUUCUCGCUUCGCGAGUGAAACUGCUGUCAAGUCACAGCCUCGUCCUACUCACCAAAGCCGCGGAUCAGAGGAGCUCACUGCUGAACAGAAGCUUGAGUUCUAUCGUGAGUCUGCUGAAGACUCCCCUGACGAUGAUGAGCUCAAUGCUAUCAUGGAUGCACUCAACGAGAGUGGAUCGGAUGUGGGCAUCGAGCGCCAAGUCACUCCUCUUCCAUCUCGACACAUCUCUGAUUCCGUUGGUGGACCGACCAAAGAGCGAGCUUUUGGCUCUGCCGAGGGCAGAAGCGAGGCACCCAGCCCUAGCCCAGGCGGUGGUCAAAGGACAUACAAGCUUCAAAUUCCCAAGCUGGGUUCAGACAUCGAUGGACAAAGCAACGCUACAUUUUCACCUCAAAAGAGCCUUAUCUCUCGUAUCCACUCUCCUGUGCGUCAGCUUAUCACGGAGAAUGACCAUGUCAGCGAUUGGGAUGAUAUGAUCUCUUCUGGUGAGGAUGAGAAAUUCUUCAACCGCAACCGCUUCUUCGAUCGCCGUAUCAACGACAUUGUCGGUUCUGCUAUUGAUGAUCGUCUUGGUCCUAUGGAGCGUGCUCUGGCUGUUAUCCAGACCUCCGUUGCUUCUAUCGCUUCUGGUACUGCCAGCCGAAGGGUUCUUCGCAGCACAUCUGCUGAGCUUGAAGACAGUGACGCCGAUGACGAGGAUGAUGAUGAAGAGCAUGAAGAGCCCGUUAGAGAACGUUCGCCUCACCAAAUGCGCGACCGCAAAUUGGAGAUGUUGAAGAACGUUGUCAUGGAGGCUCUUGUUACACAUGAUCUGCCUCAGCGCACAGCUCAUCACUCUAGCCACAGCGAUAUGGCCCAGCUUAAGGAGAGCUUCGCCGAGCUGCAGGCUCUGACUAUUAAGAAGCUCGCACAGGACCCUGUUGGUGAUAUGCGUGAGAUUCUGGAGGAGACCCUGAGUAGACAACUGGCUGCGCAGACUCCUCGUUUGUCUGAAGCCGAAGAGAUCGGUGCUGAUAGUCUUAUGCUCCAGAUCGAUGGUCUGAAGAGCAUGCUUCGUCUUGCCGAUGAGCGUGCUGAGCAAGAAUACAAGCUGCGUCGGGAUGCUCAAGACUCCGUUGGCGAACUCCAAACUCUUCUGAAGCUCGCUGAGGAAGAUGCUGCUCGUCACAGUGCUGCCGCUGAAGAUGCCGAGGCUCGUUUCCUCCACUUCAAGGAGGAGAAGAUUCCCCACCUUGAGAAGAUGCAGUUCCGCGCCGAGUCUCUUACUGAAGAGAGUGAGACUCUCAAGGUCACCAUCGCUGAGCUAUCCACCAAGAACAUUACUCUGGAGGGUACCCUGGAUGAGUACCGUGUUUCAAGCGAUCACUUCCGUCGCCAGCUGGAGACCACUAAGGAUGAGAACAAGUCUUUGCAUGAGACUGUUGACCACCUGCGCACCCGCAUCGAAGACAACCUGUUCGCUCGUCAGAAUCUGACUGAGAAGUUCGACCGCUUGCAGUCUGACAUGGUUUCAGUCACUUCUGAUAUCACACGUGAGCAAGCCGCUGCCCGCCGCAGAGAGGAGGAGCAAACUGCCAAGUACAAUGAGCUCGUUGUCACCCAUGCUCGGGAAAUUAAGCGCCGCGAACAGCUUGAGCAAGAGGUUCGUGAAGCCGAGAAGCGUGACAAGGAAGCUGCCAAGAUUCAGUUUGUCCACGAGCAAUCGCUGCAAGAAAAUGCCCGGUUGGAGGAGACUAUCGCAGCUUUGCGUGCCGAUAACCACGAUCUGCAACUGAAGGCGGCUCGCUUUGAGCGUGAGUUCAACGAGGCUCGUGAGAGCAGUCGUGUUGAGAUCCAACGUACUCGUACCUCACUGGAGGCCGACAUUGAAGCCUCGAACAGCCAGGUCAAUAUCGUGCGUGCUGAGCUUGAAGCACAGAUCAUUCGUCUGCAGACUCAGCUCGAUAACGUUCGUAUGGAUGCUGAUACCUCGCGCGAACGCUACGAGUUGCUCCUCGAGGAGGCCAAUGAGUCCAGGAUUACUGCUCUUGCCACCGCUAAGGAGUCUCGGGAGAUUACCCUUGAGGAUCAACGCAAGACCCACGAACGUGUUCUCAAUGACCUCCGCGAGCGUCACGCCCGUGCCCUGCAUAACUCUUCUGAAGAUCGCCAACGUGGUGAGGCGCAUACUGAGGAGCGUUUAGCUCUUGCUGGCGAGCGAGCCAAGCACCUUCAGGAUCGUGUGCAGCAUCUUGAGGAGAAGCUCCAGAUCGCUCAGUCUGCUGCUCGCGCAGCUGCUGAGGCCGCUCAGAAGGCUGGCUCAGGCCCCAUUCCUGCUCUGACGUCCGCACCCAGACACUCUUCUUCACCUUCCAUGUCCUUCAACAAGGGAUCUAACGAGCCUGAGAAGAUCUCCCCGCAGGCUCUCCGGGAGUCUAUCUUCGUUCUUCAAGACCAACUUCAACAGCGUGAGACACGUAUUGAGGAGCUCGAGCAAGAGGUUGGGUCUAUUGACAAAGAUGCACCCAAUAAGAUCAAGGAGAAGGAUAGCGAGAUUAGCUGGCUCCGCGAGCUACUCGGUGUUCGCAUCGAUGAUCUUCAGGAUAUCAUCAAGACUGUCUCACAGCCUUCCUUCAACCAGCACGCUGUCCGUGAUGCAGCUAUCCGCCUGAAGGCGAACCUGCAGAUGCAACAGCAAGAGCGGGAACGAACCAUAUCUGGAGCUGCUCUCCCAUCACUCCAAUCCAUUGCCGCAUCCCCACGUUCCCUACCGCUAGCUGCAGCCGCGGCCUGGGGGAACUGGCGCAAGGGCCGAGAGAGUAACAACUCUGGAAACCCAUCUGAGCAGACACCAUCCAAGUCAAGCAAUGCCAGUGCUUUCCUCUCGGGACUCUUGACUCCUCCUAGCUCGAACGUUCGUCAGAACGCGCCCCAUUCUGCUGGUCCAAGCCGUUCUCAUGCGGAGACUCGGCCAUUGAGAGGAUUUAACUCUGUUCCUCGUCGUGGUUCCCUUCGUCAAGAGGCUCCUAUUGCUGAGCCACCCAAGACUCCACCUCUUCUUCGUCGGUCAAGCUAUGACCAUGAUGCAGAGCCGGCGAACUACGAGGAAGACGCUUUUGCUACUGACGAUAUCGAAAGUACCGUCGGUGGCAUGGUCUCCGCUUCACCCAAGGGCUCUAUCGAGGAUGGUCCCUUUGGACCUGAGAUCUCUUCUGAUAUCGAAGAAGACGACGUUGAGGAGACGGAAGAUACAGAAGAGUGA